UUGCUAUGAUAUUUGGCUCACCCCAUGGCGCCUGACUGCCGAUGUCGUGGAGAUGACGGAUUGAUGUUCGGGUAAUCGCUUAAUCGCGAUCGUGACGGUCUCAUUACGAGCACCCGAUUAAGCGAUUACUCUCCCCACUCGCACCCCAGGCUCGCGGACGACUGGAUGUUCAAGGUCCCUCCGUGUUGUCGGCAUUUAGCUUAUGACAUCUUGGCAGAAUUCAUUUAUUUACCGUGACAAGCUGCUUUAUUGAACCCUCAUUCCUUCGUCCUCACAACUCAUUUCCUUACCUCCUACCACGAUCAUCAUGAACGGCAAUACAGAAUACAUCAAUGGCGACCGGACGGCGCUAGAUCUUACUGUACUCGGGCUCAACAGUGGAACAAGCAUGGAUGGUAUCGAUUGCGCGCUAUGCAGAUUCCGACAAACUGGUCCCGAAGCACCAGUGCACUUCGAGCUGCUCAAAUAUGGCGAGAUUCCUUUGGAGCAAAAGAUCAAGAAGCGAGUCAUGAACAUGAUCUUGCACAACAGCACUACACCAGAGGAACUGUCCGAAGUCAACGUCUUGCUGGGCAACACAUUCGCUUCAGCAGUAAAAGACUUCUGCAGAGAUGAAGAUGUCCCCAUGGCAGAUAUUGAUGUGAUUGGAUCGCAUGGUCAGACGAUAUGGCUGCUCAGUAUGCCUGAGGCUGGUCAGACAAAGAGCGCGUUGACCAUGGCUGAGGGCACCUUCAUCGCUGCACAGACAGGAAUCACUACUGUGACGGACUUCCGUGUCAGCGACCAAGCUGCUGGUCGACAGGGAGCACCUCUCAUCGCCUUUUUCGACGCCCUAUUACUGCAUCACCCAACGAAGCUGAGGGCUUGCCAGAACAUCGGUGGUAUUGCCAAUGUUUGCUUCAUUCCACCUGACAAUGCUGGUGGCAUUGACCAGUGCUUCGACUUCGAUACUGGUCCAGGCAAUGUUUUCAUCGAUGCGGUUGUACGACACUACACCUGCGGCAAGCAAGAGUACGACAAGGACGGUGCCAUGGGUAAGCGUGGAACCGUAAACCAGGAUCUGAUCGACGAGUUCUUGAAGUUUAAGUACUUCAAGCUGGAUCCUCCAAAGACGACUGGCAGAGAGGUGUUCAGAGACACCAUGGCACACGACCUGAUCGAGAGAGCAGAGAAGCUGGGCAUGUCACAAGAUGAUGUUGUCGCUACCGUGACACGCAUCACUGCGCAAGCCAUUGUCGACCACUACCGCCGUUAUGCACCGUCACAAGACAUCGACGAGAUUUUCAUGUGCGGCGGCGGUGCGUACAACCCGAACAUCACCGACUUCCUUCAGAAGAGUUAUCCAAACACCAAGAUUUUCAUGCUAGAUGAUGCAGGAGUUCCUGCUGGUGCCAAGGAAGCGAUCACCUUUGCAUGGCAGGCGAUGGAAGCAGUUGUUGGCCGAUCGAUACCUGUGCCCGACAGAGUAGAAACAAGGCAGGAAUAUGUGCUUGGAAAAGUGGCACCCGGAAAGAACUACAGAACAGUCAUGAAGCAAGGCAUGAUGUUCGGAGAAGGUAACAGACUGCCGCCAGUGAAGGAGAUGAUUAACUAUGUGAACGGCAAGGUGUUUGACAACAAUUGGGCAUAGAAGGUUUUCCUUGGAGUUGAAUGUAGCAUUUCAUGAGCGACUCGUCUAGCAUAUUGUUAGCAAAUUCAUCUGUUCGUUCUUGCCUGGAUAGCUGUAGCUUUGAAAAUCGUUCACUGACAUCAACCCUGCGAUCAGGACAUCCCGCGGUGCACGUUGAAGUUUUGAGCGUAUAAGUGUCUUCGCGAUGUAUGCGUCAUAAUAAUUAA